AAAAAGGAACAGAAGUCAAUACUCCGAUUAACCGCAGUGAAAACAUUUACAGAGGUAAAGAAGCCAAGCCGACGAGAAGAAAAUGGUGUCUAUGUGUCGACAGAUCAUGGGAUUGUCCAUGGGCCUGAUUGGUUUCUUGGGAACGAUCAUAAUUUGCGCCCUUCCUAUGUGGAGGGUGACGGCAUUCAUCGGGGCCAAUAUCGUGACCGCUCAGAUCAUCUGGGAGGGCUUGUGGAUGAACUGCGUUAUGCAAAGCACAGGACAGAUGCAAUGCAAGAUAUACGACUCGCUAUUGGCCUUACCCCAGGACUUGCAGGCUGCUAGGGCGCUCGUGGUCAUCGCCAUCAUCGUCGCCCUCUUUGGAGUCUUCCUGGCGAUCGCCGGUGGAAAAUGCACCAACUUUGUCGAGGAGGAAGCCGCGAAAGCGAAGGUGGCUAUUGCCAGUGGUGUAAUCUUCAUUGUUGCUGGAGUGCUGGUCCUGGUUCCUGUAUGUUGGUCAGCUAACAGCAUCAUCAGGGAUUUCUAUAACCCCAUGCUCACCGAUGCUCAAAGGCGAGAGAUGGGACCUUCUCUCUACAUAGGCUGGGGAGUGGCUGCUUUGAUGAUUCUUGGAGGAGGUAUUUUGUGUAGCUCUUGCCCACCCAAAGAGGACAACUACGGAGUCAAGUACUCUCAGCCACGGUCCAUUACCACCAGCAAGGCCUACGUCUGAGAGCUUCAAAGCUGUGCUACACCACAAGGACUCUUUAAUUGUAAAGACUCAUCGUUCAUAAAGUCUCUUCGUUACCAGAUCCGUCUAGUGCUCUGUUCCGUGAUGCAAUGUGAGAAAGGACAAUGUCUGAAAAUGCAUAGGUAAUUUACUGAGAGUUUGUGCUAUGACUGUAGACAGAUUUUUUUUUUACAAAUGUAAGUGUUUUCAUCAUGUAAUUAAAGGAAUAGGGGUUUGUAAUCACAAUAAUUAUUAAUUUAUGUUUGAUUUGAUAAGGAAGGAAUAGUUGCGUUAAUCCAAAAAUAAAACAAAAUAUGUAUAAAUUAAUAUAAAAUGUGUAUUCAUCUAUAUUUGCAUAGCCUACUGUUCAAUUUAUAUUCGUGCACUGACGUUCAUAGCAAUACUAAUCUGCUUCGUUGGAGAACUCGUGACAUUUGUCGGGGGGCAAUGCAGUAGCUUUCUGAAGAAUGAGAGCUCCAUGGCUAAAGUUCUGAUCCUAGGUGGCAUCCUCUGUAUCGUAGCCGUAGUCCUUCUCCUCAUCCCUGUCUGCUGGUCCUCUGCCUUCACCAUCUCUGAUUACGAGAGCGUUCUCACCAUUCAGACACAAAAAAGGGAGCUUGGAGCAUCCAUAUACGUCGGCUGGGAUGCUGCAGGAUUACUAUAAAAUGAAGGGAUCAUUUUGUGUACUUCCUGCCCACCAAGAGAAGAUAUGCAUGCAAAUUACCCUGCCAUGUACCCCUACCAAGGACCUAUGUAUUGGCCUCCAGGAACUUAUUUGCCUCUCAAAACAUAUGCCCCUAGCGUUACAUAUACUGGAACUGGGACAUAUGUUCCCAACAAACCUAUAUACGCAGCUGUUCCAGGACAAUAUUUUUAAUUGACACAUAUUUCUCACUGUUAUCUGUCGCUUCUCAAUUGCUUUUGAAUUUAACUUGUACUUACAUCAGUGUUUUGUAAUGUAAAAUAUAUAUACUCAAGAAAAUUUCUAUUAAAGAUGUGUUGUAUUUGCUAGCCUUUGAAAAUUGAGAUGACUUCAGAAAACUUGUUUGUCUUCUUUGUUCCUCUCAUUCCAGUUCUUCUACUCCUGGAGAUGUUGUAAUGCUAAUGGCAUUUGAAAUGUAUAUACUGAACUGUUUGUAUGUUUACACAAAUAGAUGUUUUUUUUGUGUGUAAAAUUUUGUCUUCCUCACUUUUUACACAUCCAAGUUGUUAAUUGUUAUCAAAAAGAAUGUAACUUUGAAUGAUUUUAUAUAUUUAAAUAAAUAUUUUUCAAGCUAUAAA